AUGUAGGAAGAAAGCGAUAGUAGCAAUUCCUGUUACGCGUGUUAACACUUCGGAGAAGGUGCUGGUCAACGUGCAAAUAUAUUCAAAGCGAUGCAAAACAGUAACCCACGAUCACAAUGUAUUUGGCAUGCUCAAGGGAAGCAACUCUGCACGGCGAACUCUGACUACUAUGGCUACCGGGACGCAUUAAUGGCAACGCUCAGUCACGCCUGAACGAUUGACAAAAACCUGACAACUUUUGACAAAUCAGAAUGAGCAACACCCGCUUUUAUUGCUUUACAGGUUUAACUCGGGAUAUACACAAUGCAAUGUGAUUCAAAUACAUUUUACACGGAAGCAAUAACUGAACAGUGCGUCACUGCACCUGUGUUAUUGUAAGCUGCAUCGACCCACGCGUGGCGACCUAGAUGCAAGCCUUCGGCUGAAUAACCAGUCUCGUAUAAACACUGCUCAACAGGAAGUGGAAAACACGUAUUUAGAAGCUGAUGUACGGACACAAGACCUGCAGCGGAGAGCAGGCUCAUCACACACAGCAAGCUAGGUCACCGGUUCAUGGCAGCUGACUGUAUUUAACAGACUGACAGGACAGACACAGAUGGGCAGACAGCUUUAGACAUGACAACAAUACAAGAUUUAACUACAUUUUAGAAGCUAACAAUUCCCUAGUCCUUUCGAUCCGACAUCUGAAAGUCUCACAAUGGAGGAUUCUUUAGAUGAAGACGAUUAUAUAACUGCUGUACCUCCAAUCAACCCUAUCAAAAAUACUAUUGUCCUCUCCACUUCGUUUCUGCUAUGUUACACGGCCUUCCAAGCCAUUCAGAACCUUCAGAGCAGCCUGAACCAAGCUGCAGAUCUCGGAGUCACGUCGUUGGCAUGUGUAUACGGAAUGAUCAUUCUGGCUGGGAUACUGUCGCCGAUGAUUAUACAUAAAAUAGGCACUAAACGUGCUCUCGUUUUAGGAUGGGCUUCCCACUGUAUAUACACUGCCGCUAACUUCUACCCGACGUGGGGAACGUUGAUCCCGGCCUCGUUGCUGCUGGGCUUCUUUGUGGCUCCAAUGUGGACGUCUCAAGGCGUGUAUAUCACAACAAUGGCGGAUAUUUACAGCCGAAAUAAUAACGUAGGAAACCACGAAGCUAUGAGCAAGCUGUACGGUAUAUUUGGUCUUCUUUUUCAAGCAGCUCAAAUCACCGGAAGCCUCAUUGCUUCGCUUGUACUUUUUCGCGAUGCGAAGGAAGAUUUUCCCGCCAACGUGACGAGAAUAUGUGGAGCAGACGACUGCCCUGGAAUAGCUAGCAGCACGACCAAGAUCCCUCGUCCAUCAGAAUCUCUUGUGAACAUACUGAUGGGAGUGUAUUUCACGUGUGCCUUUCUGGGUCUACUCCUGACCAUGUGUUGCCUGACUCCAGUGACGAGGCUCAGUCUUACAGACGCCACGCCGGCGUCCAAGGUCCUGGAGUGGUUUACGUCGCUGAAGGAUGUCAAUCUGGUGCUGCUUCUGCCCUUCUACUUCGCCAAGUCGAUGGUUGUCGCCAUCCUGCUUACCAGUUUCACCAAGGCCUACGUGAGCUGCACUGUGGGAAUCAAGAUGGUUGGUUACGUGAUGGCGUGUUACGGAGGCGCCACGUCUCUUGUGUCAUACGUCGUGGGAAAGCUGGCAAAGUACAUCAGCCGGUACCCACUCUUUGCUGCUUCGUAUUUACUGGAACUUGGGGCUUUGCUCUUCAUGUUGCUAUGGAAACCGAGUCCCGACAAGCUGUAUAUAAACUUUCUUUUCACCCUGGUGUGUGCGGCCAGUGACGGCAUAUGGCAGACUCAGAGUGGAUCCCUGGUUGGUAUAUUUUUUGCCCACAAGAGGGAGGUUGCCUUCGCCAUAUUUUCAACGUUCGGGUCUGUGGCUUUCGCCAUUACCCUGGCGUACGACCAGUACGUGUGUCUCAGCACGAAGCUGUACACUAGUAUCGCGCUGUGGGUUCUGGGAUCGAUCUGUUACAUUACGGUGGAGCUAAAAGUUGCAUUUGAAAAGAACACUGUCCAUGAAUAUGAAGAAAUCAAUCGUCCUCUACACAUGGCGGACGAUGCCCUCAAAGUGAACCUCGACGACGGCCUCAGCAUCCCAAUGAAGCCUAUGAAAAACACCAUCGUCUUGGCCUUCUCCUUCUUCACCAUCUACACGGCCUUUCAGGGAUUACAGAACCUCACAACCAGCAUCCUCCAGGCUGAGGGACUAGGAGUUGCCUCCCUUGCUUGUAUAUACUCCAGUUGUAUCUUGACCUCAGCGAUAAGCCCAUUAUACAUUCAGUGUGUAGGAUUAAAACCGACGUUUAUUCUGGCCUUCGUCAGCCACUGUCUAUAUUGUCUCAGUUACUUCCAUACAACAUGGUGGACCUUGAUACCGUCAUCUAUUCUGUUAGGUCUGACAGUAUCGCCCAUGUGGAAUUCUCGUCAUUUGUACAUAAACGCCAUGGGGACCUGGCAUAGUAAAGCAAAAAAGGUGGACCUUCAUGGCUCACUCAGUAAACACAAUGGAAUCUUCUAUGCCUGCUUCUGCUUAGCCCAAGUGACAGGGAACGUUUUGUCGUCUGUAAUUCUUCAUCAAAGUUCAACUGACCAAUCAGAUCUGAAUCAGACAAAGAUCUGCGGCGCUGACGAUUGUCCCGGGAUCGAGAACAAGACGACAAUAAUUGUCCAACCGGAACCUGCUGUGGUCAACACGUUGUUUGGGGUCUAUCUGGCCUGCCAGUUACUGGGACUUGGGGCCACCGUGUUAUUUCUUAGACCACUGAAACUGGAAGGGAGUGACCAGACGAGCCUUAUAAGGACGUCGUUGGCGUGCUGCACGGUCCUGAAGAAGAAGGUGUUGUUCCUGUUGAUGCCGCUGUCCUUAUCUCAGGCUAUGAACACGUCCAUUCUGCUCACUAAUUUCACUAAGGCCUUCGUCAGCUGCUCUGUUGGAGUGAAGAUGGUGGGCUACGUCAUGACGACAUUCGGUAUAGUAUCGGCACUGUCCGCCGUAACCUUCGGACAUGUCGCCAAACGCACUGGUCGUCAACCUCUCAUAGCUUUUACACUGGUUUUAGACAUCAUCACCCUAGUGGCGCUGUUGCUAUGGAAACCUCUUCCUGAAGAAUUUUACCUGUUAUUUGUAAUGCCAUCGAUCUGGGCGGUCGGGGACGGCAUCUGGAUGAGUCAAAUCACGUCUUUGAUCGCCAUGGCCUUCCCCAAUCACCAGCCCGCUGUGUUUUCCAACCUUGGUACUCUGGGCAGUAUUGGUUUCACCUUCGUGCUCGUCACAGACCGCCUCAUGUGUCUCCGGAGCAAGUUCUACAUCGCCAUAUUUCUGUGGUCGUUGGGGGUGGUAGGCUACAUCGCACUGGAGAUCGUCCUCAAGUUGAUGCCGACAGAUGAAGCGUCUGCCUCCUACCAUCGUGUGAGCAGAAUGUCAGAUGACGAGGACUCUGAUGACGUCGUUGAGUUUGACAGCAAAACUCUUCAAUCCAAGGUGGAUUAGGAGAAAAUUGCUUCUUAUUCUUCAAGUACCUGUAAGGCCAUGACUACCACACCACUCACACUUCAAAUAGGUGGCGUUACAUGGUCGCUUGGAAACUAGGUCCCGAUCCACAAAGCGUUCGUAACGUUACGACCUGUCGUAACUCUAUAGUUUACCAUAGGCUUACGAAUGUUGUAGCGCUACGAACGCUUUGUGGAUCGGGCCCCUGGAAGGGUUAAAGUGUCAGUCGUCCAAAAAUACGAUCGGUGACCCACGUGGUGGUCUCGAAUGUCGCUGAAGUGGUGUAAAAACAUAUACUGACUGACAAACCUUACUUAAAGUAUUACCGGUUCUUCUCUACGACCUGUAACUCUUGCUCAGAGUUUACUUUUGAUGGCAUGAUAAAUGCAUACUUAGAACAAUGUGGUGGUCUCGAAUGUCGCUGAAGUGGUGUAAAAACAUAUACUGACUGACAAACCUUACUUAAAGUAUUACCGGUUCUUCUCUACGACCUGUAACUCUUGCUCAGAGUUUACUUUUGAUGGCAUGAUAAAUGCAUACGUAGAAGAAUGUAAUUGGACAAAAGACUGGAAUAUAGAUACUCAAAAUAGUUCAAAAUAUUAGCCAGUCGGAAUGAAGAAAUGCGCUGUAAAUUCUUCAGGGCAAAUGCGCGCCUAUUCUUUUAACGAUGUCAACGUUGCUUGUGGUUCGACAACAAUUGCUAUGGAAAACGCGACUCAUCGACCUACGCACGAUCGUAGCUCCCAUACUUUAGCACACAUUUAAGAUAGUCCUACUAUUAGGGUCGUACUUCGACCCAUCGUAA